CUCUUAUCUGUGAACGCUUAUCAACUCAUUUUUAUAAUUAAUAAUCGUUACAUUAUGUUCCCACGCAGUUUGAAUGAGAAUAAUUGUAAGUGUGACAUAGUAAAGCCAUGAAUUUGGUUCUCGGGUUAAUGAUUUCUGUAUUAUUUGUGGACCAUUCAGGGAGUACAUCUUUGAAUUCCUUACAAGAUGAAAAUAAUUUGAGCUUUUCCAAGAAAGAAAAGACAGGUCAUACAGGAUUGUUGCUGAAGACUCUCUACCAGAACUCUAAUGUGGCAAUCAUAGUUAGUCAAAUACCUGAAGGAGUGGCAUAUAUCCAAGUUUCUUUGACUAAUUCUAUUUCCUUUGCAAACGUUUCUGUGUCACCAAAUCACAAAGCCACGGUUCGAGUCAAUUCAUCAAAACUGAAACCUUCCCAAAAAUACGAUGUAAAGAUACUUUUGGGAAAAAUCUUUACUACAGGAACUAUUUAUCGUUUUCCAUCAGCUGUUCAAAUUCCCCCCAGAAAUUUUUCAGUUCAAUGUAACAAAGUGGAUAACUAUGUAAAUAUUAAUUUUACACAUCUUAACGAAGAAACAAAACUAUACACAGUGUUUAUAACACAACAAAGGCAUCCUUUAUUAAGAAUAUUAUGCAGUGACUCUGUAAAUUUGACUGACCAAGAAACACAAAUGAUCCACAUGCAAUUCAAAUCUCAAUGUUUCCAAUGUGGCAAAUAUUAUUAUGUAAAUAUAAGGACAGAAAGCGUUCACCAGACCCACAUCAUUCGAUCAGCGUCACUUUUUAUACCCUGUAAUCCAGUUGUGCAACAGAAGACAGAAGACUUUUGUGUAAGAGCAAAACCAGAAAAUAUUUCCAGUUCAACAUUAAUACCAACAACAUCAAGAUCAACACCCAGCGAAGUUUCCAAGAACAAAGGCCUUACUGCAACUGUAAUAACUAUAAUUGUCCUCUUCUUUUUAAUGCUUUUUAUUGGAUCGCUUGUUUUAUUCCGACAUAUAUGUGGCAGUAAGAAUGCUCAAAAACAAUAUGGACUGGUUAUAUGUUUCCCUCACCCCAUGGAACACUCUGCUGCUGUCAAAGAACUAGCAAUAAUGCUAAACAGUUAUACAAGUUUACAUGUAAGAAGUUCCAACGAAAUAAAAUUAAAAAGAAACCAAUUUCUUAAGAAACAAAUUCAACAUGUUUAUGACUAUUUCAACACCUUCAUUAUUGUUCAUUCAGAUGGUCUGUAUUAUCAUUCCCAGAAUGAGGAAAAAAAUGGAAUUGGUCAAGAAAUGGCUGAUUUUACAAUUGAGCUUGUUAAAUUCUGCACUAAAGAUAAUAUAAAUCAAUCAAAGAACAUUUUUCAUGUAACAUUUGAAGAUCUGAGUAAUUUUGAAAAUUCUCAGUUAUGCUCAGAUUCCCAAGAAAAUAUGUAUUACUUAUACAGGCCAAAUGUUUUGGCAAAUAAUAAUAGUCUGGACUUGAAUCAAAUUGAAAAUCUCUUAUGUGACAUAAAUGACCAACAGUCUGCAAUACAACCAAGUAGAUACUAUGUAAAAUUCCAAAUGAACUGGAAAGAAAGUCGAGAAAUACAAAAUUUAAAUGAUGCUUUAGUUUCUCGAGACUAUAAACAAAGGAUGUUUCCUAAUUGGUACACUGACAUGUUUCCCAAAUCUGAAAUUAAUGAUACUUUGUCUAACUUCAGUUUUGACAAGAAUUCAAAAGUUUCUGACGGUAUGUCAUUUGAAGUAUAUAAAAACAAUACAUUUACAAACUCUAGACCGAACGGAAGUGACAGCGUAAGCUAUACUGUUUCAGAAACUGGUACAGAUCAGAUAUCUGUUUACCUGGAGAGGAUUAAUGAAAGAAAUGACAGAAAUGUACAAAGUACAAUUGAGUGUUAGUGGAUAAUUUGCUGGUCAAAUAUUUCAGAGGACACAAGCCAGAUUACAAGCUUGAUGUUCACAAUUCAUAUAAGAGUGGCAUUUAAGAGAACCUAUUACAUGGGCAUGGUAAACAUUAUGAGUAUUUUUGUACUAGAAAUGCUCAGACAGCUCCCUAAUAAUUGUUAAUAGCUUCUUUUAUCUAGGUAACCGAAUUAGGAGUGGAAGUGGGUAUACCAAAUGCAUGGAGGUGAGUAAGGAUGAGGUGAAGAAAUUUCAAGGAGCCAUGACUUCUACAGAUAAAAAAAGGGUUUCUUUUUUCAGAAUGAAGGGCAGACUGUAUGAUGUUUAUGCAUGGUGAUAAAACAUGAGCCUUAAAUGCAGAGAUUUUUGUGAGGACUGGAAAGACAUGCAGCAAACAUGUUCAACUGGAUGCGUGAUGUUAGUGUGUACAAUUAACACAAUAUAAAUGAACUGGAAGAAAAGUCAAAUAUAAAAGGAAUCAGACGUGGUGUGCAAGGGAGAAUAUUGCACUUGUCUGGGCAAGUGAUGUCCAUGGAUGAUGACUGUUGUAUAUAUAUGAUAAGUGCUGAGCAAUCAAAGUAGAUGCAGCUUGUAUUUAAGAAAGACCUAGGAAGACAUGGUAUGAAGUGGCAAAGACUGGUCUUUGGUGCUAAGUCUCACAAAAUAGACAACAAGGGAACAUGAUGACAGUGCUGGAAAAGGCUCCUCUCCAACCUCAAUGCAAAUAUAGUGAAACAAUACUAAAAUGGAAGAUGUAAUGGAGACUGGGACACCCCCAUUCCACCUUUUUGUCAUCUUCUGUCCUUCACUUCUGUGGCACUCUCCUGCAUCUCUUUCACUCACCUUUUCCCCACUGCCCCUUCACCUCCUUGCUCUUCUCUCUCUCUCUCUCUCUUUAUCUCUCUCUCUCUUCCCCUCUCUCUUGUCUAAAUACCAGUGAAAUGAUGGAUCAUUCCGCCAUCACACUUUUCUUGCCAUUUCUCCUUCUCCUCUCCCAGUUUCUUAUAAUUGACAUACACCACUCUACUUCUCCUACCUUCAACUAUCCAUCAAUCACUUACCCACUCAUCACUAAACAGGUACCUGUCAUCUUUCCUAUUUCUUUACUACCCACAAGGGGCUAAACACACAGAGGACAAACAGGGACAGACAAAGGGAUUAAUACAAUAACAUCGACCCCCAGUGCGUAACUGGUACUUAAUUUA